GCGAUCAAUAAAUCAAAAGAAGAAAACCCCCUCUCUCUCCCUCUCCCUCCUUUGCCUUCAAAGUUGGGUGGGUUUGACCCAUGAACUGCAACUCAUUUAUUAAAGAGGACCAUUGUCACAAGCCAAUGAAGCGAUGUGUCCUCUUAAGACAGUUAUACAAUUUAUAUUAAAAUUCCGCAAAUUCACACAACUCAGUUUAACAUUAAAAUAAAAUAAAAGAAAACCACUUUAAUUAAUUUUUCGCAAAUCCCCAAGAGAGAAAAAAAAAUCACACAAUUUUAGUGAAGCUAAAGCUUGUGGUUUCUUUCUCGUUCUCAACCAAAGGUGAAAGAAGAGAGUGAGAGAAUUCCUGAGGUAAAGAUACAAGCUUUUCUCUUCUGUUCACUGGAUCGGGUUCCAGGAAUUGAAGGGUAGGUUCAGUAGGGGUUGUGUUGAUCUGCACCAAGAUGCUUAAUUUGCGUUGAAAAAUUCAUUCAUUUGCGAGACUCGGCAUCGGAAAUGAACCAGUUAGUUGAAAGUUCAACGACUACUCAAAGGGUAUCUAGAGUUCAAGCUCCACUGGUUGACUCUGUUUCUUGCUACUGUAAAGUAGAUUCAGGUCUGAAAACAGUUGUUGGGGCAAGGAAAUUUGUUCCAGGAUCGAAGUUAUGUAUCCAACCUGACAUAAACCCUAAUGCACAUAGGAGCAAAAACUCACGUAGAGAGAGGACCAGAGUUCAGCCUCCUCUCCUGCCUGGUCUUCCGGAUGAUCUUGCUAUUGCAUGUUUGAUUCGUGUACCCAGGGUUGAGCACAGUAAACUGCGUUUGGUUUGCAAGAGAUGGUAUCGCCUUCUGUCUGGAAAUUUCUUCUAUUCACUCAGGAGAAGUCUUGGAAUGGCAGAAGAAUGGGUUUAUGUCAUCAAAAGAGAUCGUGAUGGAAGAAUUUCAUUGCAUGCUUUUGAUCCCAUCUACCAACUGUGGCAAUCCCUUCCACCUGUUCCUGGGGAAUAUUCUGAAGCAUUGGGAUUUGGCUGUGCAGUUCUCAGUGGUUGCCACCUGUACUUAUUUGGUGGAAGAGAUCCACUGAAGGGAUCUAUGAGACGUGUUAUUUUCUACAAUGCCCGUACUAAUAAGUGGCAUAGAGCACCAGACAUGCUGCGGAAACGUCAUCUGUUUGGUUCUUGUGUAAUAAAUAAUUGUCUCUAUGUUGCUGGUGGGGAGUGUGAAGGAAUUCAAAGAACUCUUCGAUCUGCUGAAGUUUAUGACCCCAACCGGAACAGGUGGAGCUUUAUCUCAGAGAUGACCACAGCAAUGGUUCCCUUUAUUGGUGUUGUUCAUAAUGGAACAUGGUUUUUGAAAGGACUUGGAUCUAAUCGCAAUGUCAUAUGCGAAUCCUAUUCCCAGGAAACUGAUACCUGGACCCCAGUGAGUAAUGGAAUGGUCAAUGGUUGGCGUAAUCCUAGUAUCUCGCUGAACGGGCAACUCUAUGCACUUGAUUGCCAGGAUGGGUGCAAGCUCAAAGUAUAUGACAGAGCAACAGAUUCAUGGAAGAAGUUCAUUGAUAGCAAGCUCCAUUUAGGUAGUUCCCAUGCUCUUGACGCUGCUGCUCUUGUUCCCCUUAAUGGAAAGCUUUGCAUUAUACGCAACAAUAUGAGCAUCAGUCUAGUUGAUGUUUUGAGUUCAAACAGACGUGUGGAAAGCAAUCCUCAACUUUGGGAAAAUAUUGCUGGGAAAGGUCAUGUCAGGUCUUUAGUUAGAAAUUUAUGGUCGACUAUAGCGGGACGUGGUAGUUUGAAGAGCCAUAUUGUUCACUGUCAGGUUCUUCAAGCCUGAGAUCCAAACUCCUCUGAUGAUAAUCUUGGCUAUACAGUUAGGGAAAUUGUUGGUAUUUUGGGAAAAUCAAAUUGAAACAGGUUUAUCCACUUUCCUGUGCGGGAAAGAGAUUGUGCUUCAUUGUAAAGAUGAGGUUAAUUGUUGAUUUUGGCUAUAGAAUGAGGUCAUUCCUUUACAAUUAUGAAUAGGGGGCAGAUAUUGUAAAUGUUGUUUCACUCUAAGGCUGUGCCUUUUCCUUUCUUUACAGUAUAUUAGGUUUGUAAGACAUGCGUUUCCGCUGUAUAUGAUUUAUUAGAAAACAUGAAAAACUUUUGUAUCUUUGGUCAAGUUGAUUUAUUCUGUAAGCAGGGGGAAGAGAAUAUCAGAUCCCCAAGUUGUGGCAAAAGUCAUUCCAAUGGAUGGUUUGAAAA